AUGCUGUUUAAGUCGACCCUGUCAGCCCUGUGGCUGGCUGCGUCUGCUUGGGCCGCCGGCCAGAAUGACGAAGGGGAUGUCAAGAGCAUAGGGUUGAGGACACACACACUCGUGCAGCCCUACCUUGACAGUGACAUGCAAAGUCGGUGGUAUGACUUUGGAGGGGACACGAUUAUCCGUACCGACCAGUACAUCCGCCUGACCUCGGACCACCCCUCGCAGAUGGGAUGGCUCUUUAGCAGAGUGCCAUUGACCGCCACAAACUGGGAAAUCGAGGUGGAAUUCAAGAUCCACGGCAAGGGCCAGCUCUACGGCGACGGGUUCGCCAUGUGGCUCACACGAGAGCGCGGCAAGAUGGGCCCCGUCUUUGGCGCCGCCGACAAGUUUGAGGGUCUCGGUAUCUUUUUCGACACGUACAAGAACAACCGCCCCGGCGUCGUGUUCCCCUACGUCAUGGCCAUGGUUGGCGACGGCCACACCUCGUACGACAAGGACACCGACGGAAAGAGCACCGAGUUUGCCGGCUGCUCGGCCAGGGGCAUCAGGCACGCCACCGUUCCCACCAAGCUUCGCCUGACGUACUUCCAGGACAAGUACCUCAAGCUGGAGCUGCAGUACAAGAGCGAGGGCGAGUGGACCAUGUGCUUUGAGACGAACACUCCCCCCACGAUUCCCCAGGUGGCGUACCUGGGCUUCAGCGCCGAGACGGGCGAGCUGAGCGAUAAUCACGACAUCAUUUCGAUCAAUGCGAAGAAUCUGUAUACGUCCCAGCCGAACGCGGGCAAGUCUACUCCUGGGAGCAACAAGGGGGGCAAGAAGUCUUAUGGCGGACAGGAGGGGGGUAGCAGCUGGACUUGGUUCUUUAUGAAGAUUUUCUUCUUCUUUGCGGUGCUGGGUGGUGCGUAUGUUGGGUUUACUGCGUACAGGGCCAAGAACCAGAGGAGCCACCGGUUUUAG